UACAUCAUUAACCUUGGCAUAUUGGUGUAUUCUAGUGCAACCCUGAACCGGGUGACCCUGACUUACCUUUCUGCUCGGUUCUAACUCCAUUUGGGUCGUUAGUCAUGUGGUAUGAAAUACUGCCUGGCUUAGCCAUCAUGACCGCCUGCAUGUCGAUUCCAGGCAUCAGUACAAUGUUAAUUCACAGAGUCACCAACGGAGGCAAGGAGAAGAGAGUUGCACGUUUUCCAUAUCAGUGGACUCUUAUGGAGAGAGAUAAGAGAGUGUCCGGGGUACAGCUUUAUUACAAAUCAAAGGGUUUGGAAAGCAUUGAAUGAAAUACCAGCUGAAUAGUGAAGAAACUUUGAAAAGCCACCUAUAAAUGUUUCUUUUGAUUGUAUUUAAUAAAAAGAUCUAUGUAUAUAA